AUGGCCGACGCUAAGACGAAAGCUCAGGACAUUAUCAACGAGAAUGCCGUCGCGGUAUUCUCCAAAUCCUAUUGCCCUUACUGCAGCGCCUCGAAGCGCCUUCUCGACAGUCUAGAUGCCAAGUACAAGGUGGUAGAGCUGGACAAGAUACCAGAUGGUUCCGCUAUCCAAGAUGCGCUCGAGGACAUUUCGGGCCAGCGCACUGUCCCCAACAUCUGGAUCGGGAAGAAGCAUAUCGGUGGCAACUCCGACCUGCAAGCUAAAUCUGGCGAACUAAAGAGCCUGCUUGCCGAGGUUGGCGCUUUGUGA